AUGCCUCAAUCGAAACAACAAUUUAAACGACAGGGAGCUCGUCAGCGCGAUUCAAAGGGAAAGUUCGUUAAGGCCAGAACUGGCAUGGCAACCGCCCCACCUGCUGCAGUUUCAACCGCAGCUCCUACCGCAUCGACAAUGACCCCAACUGGAUCCAGCACAACGGCCACUAUUGGAGGAGCUACAACUGGAGCGUCGACAACCACAGCCGUCACCGGUUGCGGAUGCAAUUGCUGCUCACAUUGAUAACUGGUAAUAAAUCUUUGAUCAAUA